GAGCAAUCUCCCAACUCAUCUCUGCUGCUAGCAGUCCAUACAUGUAUAGUUAAGGCUUGUGGAAGCUUCUUGAUUUUUGGUUAUGUGCAGAAGAUGAACAUUUUGGGUAGAUUCGGAACAGUCUUAUUUAUUAUUAUUUCAGUCCAUCCUUUACGAGGUUUAGUAGGCAGUCAAGAGCCUCCAGGAGUGAUUGAAUAUGUAGUCGAACGUCAAGAACUUCCUCCCAAAGGAAUUAUUGCAUACGUAGAUAAUCGCUCCAGCGAUAUAAGUAAUCACACCGAACUUGUUAACGAUAUGAAACAUGUCCCUCAGCAGACAGAGCUGUCUCAAGCAAGCGUGGAACGUGCGGACAUUAAGAAUAACUCUACAUCUGAAAGUACAAUUACCACGAAUAUGACGAGGGUGAACUGCAUAAUGGAUAAGGAAUAUGGCCCCGUUGAGCUUGUUAAUGCUACAAGGCUCAUGAAACUGUUAAUUUUGGAGCCAGGACCUUCCAAUAGAAGCAGAAAUAGCAAGGAAGAUAAACAAUUUCCAGGGACUUGUGUGUUAGUACUCUUUUAUGCUAGAUGGUGUGUCUUUAGUAGUCACGCAGCUCCAGCAUUUAAUGCCUUGCCAAGGUAUUUUCCACAUAUUAAGGCUGUAGCCAUUGAUGCAAUAAAAUAUCAGAGCUUUAAUACCCAGUAUGGUAUCGUUGGAGUACCCACACUGAUGCUUGUUCACAAAGGGAAGCCUGUAGCCAAGUUUAAUGAUACAGUCUACACGCUGGAAGCUUUUUCACGAUUUAUUACGCGAAUGACUUCUCUUGAACCAAAUGGAUCUUUAUAUGUAACGUCAGCUGACUUCAGUGGUCCAGUAUCAAGCACACCUUCCAAUGAGACAGACUACUGUUUGGUUCUAUCAUGGAUUUUUAUUGCUGCCUGUGCUCUGUAUUUCAUUUCUAAAAGUCACUGUUGGCAGCAAUUUGUAGAGCUCAUACAAAAUACCUGGCGUGAAAGCAAUGCCCAGCAUGAGCAUACAGAUUAAAAUGUAGUUAUUUAUAAAUUUCUAAAUUAAAAUAUUAAAUUUAAUCAGAAGAAUGGUUUCUGAAAUAUGUGAUGUGUGAUAUUUAAUAGUGCCUAUUGGCUGGCCGCUAGGUAGCUUUCAGAUUGCUGAAUGAUACUGAAAUUUAAUUUCUUAUGAUUCUAUUGCAAAGUAGCAUCAGUUUCCACUCUAUGGGUCAAAAAAUUCUGAUUCUGAAUACUUGCCAAGUUAACUGAAAGCAAUCCUCAUGGGAGAAGUGUUGUAAUUUGAUUACGCAAUUACAUUUGGACAUCUAAAAUAUAAAUUAAAACCGGUACUAUAUGGUACAGGUAUAAACACA